ACAGGCCGAGAAAAAAAACAAAAAGCGAGCAGCAGGUCCUACAUGAGUUUGAAGAGAAGAAGAGAAAGAAAGGAUCGAAUGAUGAAGAGUCCUAUCCAGAAUCAUUGUCUGAGCAAGAACAACCAUAGAAAGAAAGCAUCGACCUUUCCUCAGCACAUUUGCUUCUUUACUUGCAUUUGAGUCUGGAAAUGAGGAAGCAUGGAUGGCAGCCUCCUUACCACCCCCUUCAGGUGGUCGCGGUUGCUGUAUUUCUGGCAUUGGGGUUUGCUUUCUAUGUCUUCUUUCUCCCCUUUGUUGGAAGGAAGUUGUUUCAGUAUGUUGUGCUGGGCCUCUACACUCCACUUGUUACAUUUGUCUUCUGCCUAUACAUUUGGUCUGCGGCUACUGAUCCUGGGGACCCAGGAGUUUUCAAGUCGAAGAAGUAUCUUAGCAUCAUGGGUGAUGGGAAAUAUGUUCAUCCGAAGGCAUCUAAACUAAGUGCUGAAUCUACUUCCUCUGUUAAGGAUGUGAAUGCUGCAAUAAUUGGAGAAAAACCACUGGAUGAGGGUGUGGGUGUAGAUGCCACCAGGGGUGAAGGGAAUCCAGUGAAUGCAUUUGAAAAGGAGAACACAUCCUCGCAUAAUUUUUCCUUCUGUUCGGUUUUGUUCGGAUGUUGUCCUUUUGCUUUUACAAUCAACAAUCCUUGUUCACGUGAGCAGUCUUCAGAGCAACGAAUGAGUGAGGACGGCAUGUUUUACUGCAGCCUUUGUGAAGUAGAGGUUUUCAAGUACAGCAAACACUGUAGAGUUUGUGACAAAUGUGUUGAUGGCUUCGAUCAUCAUUGCAGGUGGCUCAACAACUGUAUAGGAAGAAAAAACUACAGACGGUUUUUCAUUCUCAUGGUUUCUGCCCUACUCUUGCUUAUUCUACAGUGGUCCAUGGGCAUCCUUGUAUUGAUAUGCUGUUUCCUUGAGCGGGAGCGGUUUGCUGCAGAGAUCAUAUCCAAGCUGGGGAGCAGUUUCUCUUUGGUGCCCUUUGUUGUUGUUGUGGCUUCUUGCACCGUCUUGGCAUUGAUUGCUACUCUACCACUUGCCCAGCUCUUUUUCUUCCAUGUUCUUCUCAUAAAAAAGGGAAUCAGCACAUACGACUACAUUAUAGCCUUGAGGGAUCAGGAGCAGCAAGCCACUGGAGUCCAGCAGAGUCCUCAAAUGUCUCCUGCUAGCUCCCUUACAGGAUUGAGCAGUGCAAGCUCCUUCAAUACUUUUCAUCGAGGCGCAUGGUGCACUCCUCCACGCCUUUUUCUUGAGGAUCAGUUUGAUGUAGUUCCUCCUGGUGCAAGUACGUCUAUGAAUUCGUCGGGUAAGAGAACGAUUGUAGACAUGCCUACGAGGAAAAGAAACACAGAAACUGUAAAGAUCAGUCCUUGGACACUGGCACACUUAAAUUCUGAAGAAGUUUCAAAGGUGGCUGCUCAGGCGAGGAAGAAAUCCCGGGUCCAUCACCCAGUGUUGCGGCAGGAAGCACCUUUGGGUCUAGAAACAGACAGCAGCUUUGGCAGCAGCAGCCAAAUGCUUCAGAGGCCUGAUAACCGUAGGCGAGCUAACAAGCGAGGCAGCAGGCUUCUUACAGGUCUCCCUCUUGAACCCCUGGCAAAAAUGUCAGCCAAACGCACUGUCAAUAGCACCAGUGAUCUGGCUGUGGAGACAUCAUCGAUGGGUCUGGCUCCUCUACAGCUUGAAGCAAGGAGUGCUUUCCGCACAAGCCUAGCUAUGUCUUCAGCUGGGGGAGUUGCUUCUUCUCCUGAUAGCAGUCUGGACUCACCUGAUCUACACCCAUUCCAUGUCUCUGUAAAGGCACAAGGGACUCUUCCACCUAUUGGUACCCAGGUGGGGAUUCAGCUAUCAAGGUCAACCAGCGAUGGGUAUGAAGCAUCUGGUGGUGAAGACAGCGACCGGGUUCCUUCAAGAAUGCUGAACAACAGGCAAUCUUCAUUAAACUGGAGUAGCCUGCUCUUGUUCAGCUCUGGCCAUGUUCCCAGGGAUGCUAAAUCCAAGGCGUCAUCAUCAUCGAUGGAUGGCCGGCCAAUCCGACACUAGAUAGCUUUGAGAUCAUCAGUUGAGCUUCUUCUGGUAUCCUCAGGCCAAGGUGUAAUAUGUGGCUUGAAAGGCCUUCCAUCAUUCUCAUCUGCGGCCCCUUGAAAGUAGGUCACAUCUUAAGAAUUGUGAGACUGCUAGUGGGCAGAUUAAUUUGAUCUGUAACAGCAGUGUUGGACAGUGUAUCAGGUGCAACUUCCGGCAAGAAUUUCAGCCAUCUAUAUUUCACAGAUGCGAAUGAUCUCAGACUAUAUUGUGUGGUGCUUAAAAAAUCUUUGCAAUGGUGGUGGCCCCACCCCAUUCAGAGGCAUUAACUUCAAAUGGUUUAUAAUUUAAGAUUUCAAAAUUUGGCCCCUGGUCUGCAACGAUGAAGGGUCCUGUUUGAAAAGAAGAGUUUUAGUUUUUACACUUUUGCUAAUUUUGGAAAGGUUUAGCUAAUAAGAAGUCUGUUUUUACAAUUUUGCUAAUUUUGAAAAGGUCUGUAGUUAAUAUGAAUUUUCUUCUAUAUUUUAGGUGUUAUGAUUAACAUUCUCUAAACAUGUUUUAUGAAGGGUUACAACUGUUAAAUACAUAUUAAACCCAAAUUUUGGAUAGAAAUUGCAUAAAUGCCACUGAAAUGGUGAAAUUUCAAAAAUGUCCUCAUCUAGCAACUUCUUAGAAGAUUCCCUCUUUCUGACAAGUCUUAUCCUUAUUCUUUGUAAUUACAAUCCUAUACUGAAUCUUAGGAUCGAAAAUGGUACAAUUCAUUUUAUGAUCACCCUUUCAAAUGCC